AUGAAGAAAGUUGCUAUGGACCCUGAGAGUCGGAUUCAAGUUCAAUUUAACAGCUUGGGUGAACCAUAUGGAGAGGGGUCAGUAAGCUUGUCAUCUUUUUUGGGCCCUCUUGUACGAGAGCAUGUACCUGUAAUACUUGAAGAUUGGAGGAACCUUGGUGAUGACCUUAAAGUACCAUUAUGGGAAGAAGUUCAGGCAAGAUACAUCUUGGAUGAAGAAUGGCAAAAAGAUGUCAUAUUUAAGUCGAUGGGAUGCCUUUGGAGGGCCUCAAAAUCUAGAUUAGUUCAUCAAAUACAAGCAGCAAAGAAUAAACAAGAAAGACUUCGGCUCAAACCAAACAACAUACCAACUUUAGCAAUUUGGAAGAAGUUUGUCAAGACAAAAACAAGUCCAACAUUUAAGGCUAUAAGUGACAAGUACAAGGCAUUGAGGCGUAAACAAGUACCACACACAUGCAGUCGCAAGGGAAUGGUUCGAUUAGCAGCUGAUAUGAAAAGAGAUAGUGCCAACCCAUCUUCAGUGUCAAGGGUUAAAGUUUGGAUCAAAUCUCGCACAAAAAAAGAUGGUACACCUGUGAAUACAGCAGUUGGUGAAACUAUUGAGAAGUUAAGAGAAGUUGAAAGUAAUUCACCCUCAUCCUCAACAACUAAUGUGAGAGAAGAUGCUCUUUCCCAAGUAUUAGGACAAGAUAAACCUGGACGAUUAAGUGGAAUGGGAGGAGGAGUUACUAUAAGCAAAUUAGCCUUCUUACAGUCUAGGGACAAGCAUGUGCUCCAGCUAGGAGAGCAACACACUGAUAUGCGAAGUAGAAUCAAGCAUUUGGAGAGCUUAGUCCAUAAAUUAAUUGGACAUCAUGAGAGUGUGAACAAAAACUCCAAGAAAAAGUGCAACUUGUUAGAUUUUAGUGGUUCGGGAAAAAUAGUUGCAGAAGGACAUUGGUCUUCAAGUGAUCCAGGCGAGCUUGUUCAUUUUGUUCCUUUAGGUCCUAAUGCUACGAGAGUUUGGGUUGAUAUCCCAAGGGUCCCUACUGUAUCUCUUUGGCGGCCAACAUCUGAGCUACAUUGUAUUGAAGAUGCUAUUGGUACUACAAUAGCUUGGCCAUCUGACAAAGUUGUUAUGCUUUGAAAAUCUGGUCAGUUUUGGUCAUGCCAUAUCUAAUUAAUCAUGCUGCUACUUGUGAUCGAUUAGCACACUUUUCAACUUCUCUAAUCAUGAUUUUUGUCUUCUGUUUUGUAGCAGUUCAAUAUUGGUGAAGAUGAUGACCUCCCUCAAUUCAAUAGCAAUGUAAUAAAUUAGUUAUUAUGUUUUUGCAGUUUGUUAAAUUUUAGUAAGUAGUCCAUAAUGGACCUAGACACAACUUGUUGGUUGGACUAGUUUUUGAAUUUCUUGUAUGCUACAAAUUAAUUAUGUAUCAUUUUGAACUAUUAAAUGAAUUAUUUUGUUUAUGGCUGUCAAA